AUGACGGAACUCCGCCGCCUAGAAACCCUACACAAAAAGAACCCUAACCCCACCACGCUAACUAAACUGACAGCGACCCGGGACCUCCUCAAAACCCUCACACAACAAGACACCUCCAAGGCCCUGAUGUGGCUAAAACGGACGUACACAAGGCGGACACUAUGCUGGCCCGCCGACUCAAACACCGAAUAGAGUCCAAACGGAUCUCGGCCAUACGCACCACAGGAGGCGACGUUAGCAAUGACCCAACUCACAUAGGUAGCAUUUUCCAGGACUACUACACCAACCUAUAUAACCAUACCCGACACUCCCAAACCGAUUCAGAGCCCCUACGCACUCGCAUAGACACAUUCCUGCAGAAAGCGACCCUGCCCUCCAUGACCCAGGAGGCCAGGGCCGCGAUAGGGCAGGAGGUCACGGUGGAGGAGAUGGCACAGGCACUCGGACCUCUCAAGCCAAACAAGAGCCCGGGCCCUGAUGGCUACUCGGCCAUAUACUACAAAGAAUUUAGCCCUAUCCUACUACCCCACUUAUGCAGAGUAUUCAACGCCACAUUGAGGGGGGAAACCCUCCCGCCAGACAUGACAAGGGCUCACAUUUGCCUCCUCCCCAAACCCGGAAAGGACCAGCUUGAACCUGCCCACUAUAGGCCGAUCUCACUGCUUAAUGUUGAUCUCAAACUCAUGACCAAGGUCAUGGCAAACAGACUAAAUCCACACCUGGGAUCACUCAUACACCCCGAUCAGGUGGGCUUUAUACCCCAGAGACAGGCAGCGGACAACACCCGGAGGGCCAUUGACCUCAUUUGGCUCGCCAACCAUAGACGUAUCCCAACAGCAGUCAUAUCGCUCGACGCCGAAAAGGCCUUCGAUCGCCUUACAUGGCAGUUCUUACACCAAACUCUGACACACAUAGGACUACCACCAGAAUUCACCUCGUUCCUGACAGCGGUAUACCACGACCCCCAGGGGGCACUCCUGUUGCCUAAUAUCCCACCCCCAUGCUUCCCUAUCACUAACGGCACGCGACAGGGGUGCCCUCUGUCACCCCUGCUGUUUGCCCUCUCCCUGGAGCCCCUUCUCCAGACGGUACGCGCCAAUGCGGGGGUGGAGGGGAUCACGGUCAGGGGGGAAAUAUUCAAAAUUUCGGCAUACGCCGAUGACAUCCUCCUGACCCUGACCAACCCUGAACGCUCCCUAGGGCCCUUCCUCGCCAUUGUGGAGGAAUACUCGGAAAUUUCGGGAUAUAAGCUCAACUUGAAUAAAUCGGAACUGCUUCCUGUCCAAAUGGACACCACAACGCUAGAUAGGAUCCGCCUCACCUUCCCUCUCCGGGUCUGCCACUCGGCUAUCUCCUAUCUCGGGAUCCAACUAACAGCUAACGUCGCGUCCCUAUACUCCAAGAACUACACCCCCAUAAUACUCAAAGCAUACGAGGACUUGGUCACAUGGAAACCCCUGGGCAUAUCAUGGAUGGGACGCGUGACCUCCAUCAAGAUGAACCUUCUACCUAGGUUCCUCUACCUUUUCCAAACCCUCCCAAUCCCUCUACACAAACCAGAUUUCAAGGCCCUUCAAACGGCUAUAGAUAGGUUCGUAUGGAACGGACGCAAACCAAGGGUACGCAGGAGCACGCUAUAUGUCCCCAAGAAAUCCGGAGGCCUAGGCCUACCGAACUUCUUACACUACCACACAGCAGCACACUUAGCACAGAUACAGCACUGGCACGUACAGCCGGGCGAGAAGAGAUGGGUGGAUUUGGAACACCUGAUCUUUGGCUGGGACCACCCGUCCCUAUACAUGUGGACACCCAGGCCACACAGACCCCUACCACCGCCGACAGCACCCGCGAUCACGCACGCACUUGACCAGUGGGACAAAGCGAAAGAUAAGUAUGACCUCUCAUCUUUCCUUUCCCCGAUGACCCCGAUCUGGCGGAACAAACUGUUCCCCCCGGGCCUCACACCCAAACACUUCGCCAAGUUCGAACAAAGAGACAUUGCUAGAAUAGGACACCUCUAUCGGGACAACGACAUUAUCCAGUUCUCAGACAUCCCAGACUCCGCGUCCCUCACAACAUUUGACCACUUUCGGUAUAUACAACUACGUAGCUUUGCAGCGAUUCCAAGCAUUAAACAAGCGGGGACAGCACCACUCACCAAAUUUGAACGCGGAUGCGUGACCCACCCCAGCAGAAAAGGUCAAAUCUCAGACCUGUACACAACCAUAGCUAAUCACCCCACACAACGCUCCCUCCCAUACAUAUCAGCGUGGGAGACAGACCUGGGUCCACCGACCGACACGACAGACUGGGCGGAUAUCUGGGAGGCAACAGCCUCCGUCUCCAUAUGCGUUACACACACCGAGCAGGCAUAUAAAAUGCUAUUUCGGUGGUACCUCACACCACAACGCUUGGCUUCCAUGCACCAGACACCAUCCAACGCAUGCUGGAAGCUAUGUGGAGAGACGGGAACGUUCCUCCACUGCUGGUGGACGUGCCCAAAACUCCGACCUCUAUGGCAAAGCGCCACCCACUUAAUCGCCAAAAUACUACACAAACCAUGCCCGGCAGACCCUUGGGCCCUGUUGCUAUCCAAGCCCAUAGAUCCUUUCACGAGAUCAGAAAACAAACUGAUAGCCCGGAUUGCGCUUGCCAUCCGCAGAGCCAUAGCCGAACUCUGGUCUACGACCCGCAUCCCAACACAAGAAAUGAUAACAAGAAAAAUAACAGAGAGUUCACAAAUGGAUAAACUGACAGCACAACUCCGAGACACCCCCAAACAUUUUCACAAAGUUUGGGACCCGUGGCUAGAGGGAGACACAUCCAUCCCCUGGUAGCCGUAUGCACAAACUGAGCACCUGCCAACAAUACAACAAAAGACAAGGUAGCUAACACGCUACCCCUCACUGAACACAUGAUACCAUGGCCCUUAUGCCUGCCAUCACUGAGCCCCAGCCCCCCCCCCCGGCCCCACUCUUGGGGACGCCGCGCUCCGGGCGGCCCGCGGGCCGCGACUCCUAUCUCCAACCCGACCCACUAUAACCAGGCCACCCAUGACACCACCAACCUCAAGGCCUCACCCCACCAACCCAACCACUCAAGACACAACCAGAAGUACCAUUCACCUGGGAACAGGGGAAACAUUAAGACAACCACCCUACUAACGGGCGCAGAGACGAACCUGACAGGCGGAACCCGAAGAGGCAGUUAAAAAGCUGGAACACAACAAACACCAACUAGGGCCCCUCAAAACUUGACAGGAGAAUGAUCGACCUGUAAGCAAAAAUACAACGGCCGACUCGGACUGACAAAAUAGACCGGGACUUACCGGCUAAGCAGACAAGAAAACACACCCCAACGCCAGCCGCACUCUCGACCCGCACGGACUCUCUACCCCUUCCUCGGUGACCCCACCGCUUCGAGAGGGUACUAGAUUACACAUCAACACAAGUUCGAUAACUGGUAGCCAUUAUAGUCUAACGCACACUUUUCACCAUUGUACUACCAUGUUUUUAAACGUACCCUGCGUUGGUACAAACCUGUCUGAAUGGAACUGUUGUACCCCCCCCCCCCUUUUUAUUUUCUGUACCCCUUCCCUUGAUUACUGAUACCAACACAAAACCAAUAAAUAAAGAAUGAUAAAAAAAAAAAAAAAACUAAUAUCGAUAUCCCUGGUUAGGUAAUGGUUAAAAACUAAUAUCGAUAUCCUUAAUUAGUAAUCCAUACUGUAGUAGAGCAGCCUGCAGCCGCUGUUGCAGCUCCUGUCCUUGACCUGUACCUGGCUAGCCUGGUCCCCACUGGAACCCAGGGAAGCCACCCACACUGCUAGAUAUACACAGAAAUGCAGAAUAACCCUUCCCUCAUACAAAUAAUACGAACAGCCCACACACAAACAUACCCACAAUACGCACAAAAGUAACCCGCUAACAAUUCACAUACAUGCACACAACUCCACAUGCAAUACUCCAAACAGCCCCCACACACUACCAAACACACAAUGUGACAUAUCCAUCCACACACAAUUCCACAAGCAGCCCUCAUACACAGCCCACAUUCAUAUGUAUCAUACGCGAUACCAUAAACUACUAAUGAACAUAUACAAUAUAAUAGCUUAUAUACGCACAAAUACAACGAUACAAAGCAACUGCAGUAAAAAUAACACAAGCAGAAUACGGAAGCAUACACACCUCAAUUUAAAAAAAUAGGACCGACACGCUACGGGACAUCACAAUCCCAUAUCGGCCCAGUGCUGCUAAAAGGUUGCCUACCCCUGGUCUAGUGGUUCACAUACUUUUUCCACCUGCACUGUGAAUGUUUACAUGGUGUGUUCAAUAAAAACAUGGCAAUAUUUCAUUCUUUGUGUGUUAUUAGUUUAAGCAGACUGUGGUUGUCUAUUGUUGUGACUUAGAUGAUGAUCAGAUCACAUUUUAUGGCCAAUUUGUGCAGAAAUCCAUAUCAUUCCAAAGGGUUCACAUACUUUUUCUUGCAACUGUAUGAGGGGUGCAGUGUGUGUGCGAGGGGUUCAGUGUAUGUAUGAGUGGGCAGUGUGUUUGUAAGUGAGGGGUUCAGUGUAUGUAUGAGGGGGCAGUGUGUGUCUGAGGGGUGCAGUGUAUGUGUGAGGGGUUCAGUGUAUGUAUGAGGGGGCAGUGUGUGUCUGAGGGGUGCAAUGUGUGGGGUGCAGUGUAUGUGUGAGGGGUUCAGUGUAUGUAUAAGAGGGGAGUGUGUGUGUGAGGGGUUCAGUGUAUGUAUGAGGGGGCAGUGUGUGUCUGAGGGGUGCAAUGUAUGAGGGGUGCAGUGUAUGUGUGAAGGGUUCAGUGUGUAUAUAUGAGGGGGGCAGGCCUAAAAUGGCAGAGACGCACGUCAUGCUGAUUGCCAUCUCAGCUGACUGACCCCAGACCCUGGAUGAUGGGACAAUAUCCUGAAAUUGGGUUUGUUCCCCUGUAUUUGGGACAGUUGGGAAGUCUGAUUUAGAAUUAGAAUUUUCAUACCCAUAUCACAUCAUUUAAAAAAAAAUAAAAAAAUUUGAUUUUAGGCAAUGUUAUAUUUGAGAGCAAUUCACAAAGCACAUACAAGAUCCUGUGGCGAAUAAAUGACAUUGAAGUAAAAUUAAAUUACAGACACUUUCAGCGAAGUGAAUUUAAGGGCGUAUUGGCAGAAAUCGAAGCAGAGAUAAUUCAGAGAUUUCUAAGAUUUAAGUUUCCAGUUCGGUAACUUUGAUUUAAACUUGAAAAUCACUUUUAAUCUCAUUUUAGUGAAGAACACCCGAUAAUAAGAAUAAUUUAUUAUUUUUAUGGAAUUUCACCAAAACAGUAAAUUUCAGCCACAUUAAUACAAUAUUGCAAAAUUUAGACAAAACUAGAAUUCAGGCCUAAAAGGUCUCCUUCAAUUGACUGUUUAGUGAAUAAACCCUUCAGUGAAUUGUACUGUAAUAAUAAUAAUAAUAAUAAUAAUAAUAAUAAUAAUAAUGCCAUUGGUGUAAUAGUCACUGAAACUGGGUGCAUUGGGGAAACUUUUGUGAGGUACUACUUUUUUUGCCUCGCGGAAUGUUACGGGCGGGUCCGGCCAGUGAUGCGGCCCAGGUAAGCCAGGUGUGCGGAGGGAAAGGCACAGGGUAGCUCGGCGGCUGCGUCUGCCCUGAUACAUUAUUCAUGAGCAGACGGGAGCAGUGCAAGCCGCCGUUACGUCGAGUGGCUUGGUGGGUGUGUCCCGAGGACCCCGCUCCCGGCAUCUGAUUGGCUACAAGCGGCCAGGGCGUCAUGAAUAAGUAAUUAGCCGGCCCCCCCAGGUUGAGGGAACCAGGAAGCGGCCGUGGCCCAGGCGCCUCCCGUGGGACACGGACUGCGGGCUCUGGCGGACGCACGGAAGGUGAGAGGGGGUGGGAGCUGGGGGAGAGGCCGGCUCCUGUGAUGUGGAAUGGGGCUCUGUGUCUGACUGAGGGCCCCAUAGGAGUUAUUAUACCUGGGCUGUCUGUGCAUGUGCUGCCUGCACUGUGUGUGUGUAUUAUAAUAACCUGCACACUGUGUGUGUAUUAUAAUAACCUGCACACUGUGUGUGUAUUAUAAUAACCUGCACUGUGUGUGUGUUAUAAUAACCUGCACACUGUGUGUGUAUUAUAAUAACCUGCACUGUGUGUGUAUUAUAAUAACCUGCACACUGUGUGUGUAUUAUAAUAACCUGCACACUGUGUGUGUAUUAUAAUAACCUGCACACUGUGUGUAUUAUAAUAACCUGCACACUGUGUGUGUAUUAUAAUAACCUGCACUGUGUGUGUAUUAUAAUAACCUGCGCACUGUGUGUGUAUUAUAAUAACCUGCGCACUGUGUGUGUGUUAUAAUAACCUGCACACUGUGUGUGUGUUAUAAUAACUUGCACACUGUGUGUGUGUAUUAUAAUAACUUGCACACUGUGUGUGUGUAUUAUAAUAACCUGCACACUGUGUGUGUAUUAUAAUAACCUGCACACUGUGUGUAUUAUAAUAACCUGCACACUGUGUGUAUUAUAAUAACCUGCACACUGUGUGUAUUAUAAUAACCUGCACACUGUGUGUGUGUUAUAAUAACCUGCACACUGUGUGUGUGUGUUUUAUAAUAACCUGCACACUGUGUGUGUGUUAUAAUAACCUGCACACUGUGUGUGUGUGUUAUAAUAACCUGCACACUGUGUGUGUGUUAUAAUAACCUGCACACUGUGUGUGUGUUAUAAUAACCUGCACACUGUGUGUGUGUGUGUUAUAAUAACUUGCACACUGUGUGUGUGUUAUAAUAACCUGCACACUGUGUGUGUGUUAUAAUAACCUGCACACUGUGUGUGUGUUAUAAUAACCUGCACACUGUGUGUGUGUUAUAAUAACCUGCACACUGUGUGUGUGUUAUAAUAACCUGCACACUGUGUGUGUGUUAUAAUAACCUGCACACUGUGUGUGUGUUAUAAUAACCUGCACACUGUGUGUGUGUUAUAAUAACCUGCACACUGUGUGUGUGUGUGUGUGUUAUAAUAACCUGCGCACUGUGUGUGUGUGUGUGUUAUAAUAACCCCCCCCCCCUUGUAGGGGAGUCAUUGAAUGUCAUGUGGGGCAGUUAUUCAGAAUGUUGGUGGGUAUUCGAUUUGGCAAAAUGCUUAAGCUGUAGUUCCGAGAUUAUGGCAGGUGCAUAUUGUUUUAUUUAUUUAUUUUUUAUCAGGAAAGGUUGUACAUGUACUAGAAGGCUAGAACAGGACAUUCAUUUUCUUUCCUUCUUUUGGAAAUGAAUGUGUGACUUGCAAAUCGAUCAUCCAGCAAGUAUAGUGUGCACCUGUACAUUUUUCCUUUAUCUCACCACAGACGCUUGCAUGGAAAAAAUGGAUUUCUUGCCAUCUGGAGAUGCACUAAAUGCUACAUGUAGGAUUGUUGUUUCUAUGUGUUAAAAUGCUGACUGGGACAUCUGUUAGGUUGAUUUUGAAGAUAGUUUGAUUUACAUAUUUUCCAGAAUAUUUGUGACAAUGAUUUAUUUUAAGGAACAGUUUGUUGGUGGUUUUUGAAAAGAGAUCUGCAAAAGAAUGGUCUGCUCCCAGCACUGUAAUGAUUCUUGCGUCCAGGUUGCCGCUAUCACAUUGCAGGUGACUCUUAUAGAGGUGCAGUGAUUUGCAAAUCUGUUACAAUUUUAAUCCCACCCACUUGGUUACAAUCCAGAGGAUGCUAUGUGUAUUGUAAUGUGCUAUUUCGUCAGUCAUUUUAUGAGAAGCACCAAAGUAUGCAACAUUAUACUACACUAUGCAUCCUCCUGUCUGUGCAUUGGGCACACCUACUGUACACGUUUCCUAAUAACUUUCUCCGGAUCUGCCUGAGGUGCAGAUGUUAGAGGUUCCACUUAUUAAACAUGAAUGGAGAGCAAAUCAAUAGAAGCCGUGUUGCAGGUUUCCAUUGGUUUGCAUAGUCGCACUCAUUGGGUUUUUAUGAAUUUGGCUACAUGGGACUUGACAGAAAUUCUAACCCAGAAUACUCAAAAUAUAUGAUGAGACCAAGCAGGGACCACUCUGUCUUGGUAUUUUUUUUUCCACGCUUGACAAAAAGGCAGAGUAAAGCUCGUCAAACCUCCAGCCUAGUGAUGGUUGAGAGGAUAAGGCUCUGUCUAUGGAUGAUACCACAAUCUAGCCAGUGUUUUCUUCUUGUGCAUGCGCGGGAGUACAGCUUUUACUUUGGCUCCUGGUACACUAGACGCUGAAGGGGGCUGGAUGGAAGAGCUUGGUGGCAUCUGUAAAGGACCGGUUCAGGAAAGUGGAUCACAACCCAUGCUUUUGUUUAUUUUUAAACAACAAAAAAAGUCUUCCCCCUCCACGUACGGGCCCUGUUGCAUCCAGGGGCGAUGCCAUUGGGGGUCUCUGCAAAUUAUGUAAACAUCCCAGACAAUGACAAAGCCACUCUAAAGAUUCUGCAAAUUCUAUCAUUGUUCUGUUCAAAAAGGCAAAGCCGGGGCAAACAUUGCAGAUAAGGAGAUAGAAACAUUGUUUUGUUUUCGUCUUCUCUUUAUGCCAACGGUCAGAUGUGAAGGUCAGAGCUCACACAAAGAUUGUCAGAGAGCUAAGAUGCUCCUAGUUGCAGGUUAAAGAGAUGCGGAUUUCUUCAUUUACUGUUAUUUUUCACAAAUGUGCUAUUUGUAGUUUUAAGUAGGCAUAAUAUUAAAAUCCAUGUAAGUGGAUGAUCACCUUUUAAUGUUAUGUAGGUCUGAGACUGGCAUCCAAUCAAGUGCCAUACAGUUUGCAUUUGUAGUUUUGAAAUUAAGGUUGUGUGUUUUUUUUUAUUUUUUUUAUUUUUUAGGGGUUAUUAAAGUUGAAUCGCCAUGUUCUGAAUUCGGUGCUCUUUUAUAAAUGCAUUACGAGCACUCUGUCCUUGACAUUAUUGUUAUUUAUUAGCAUUUUAUAGCAGCAACAGCUAGUGCUUUAAGAUUAAACAGUGGGGAUAUACAACAGCAAGUAAUCCACAGACAAUGUUGUGAAGAGGACAUUAUUGUCCAGGAGAUGUGGGGGGAGGUUUUUCCGACAUAGUAAAGUUAACUAUAUGUACACACUGCAAUCAAAGGACUGUUUGUGGUGCCAUAGGUUCUGUUGAUGACAUUUGAUGGUUACUGUGGCAUCAAAAGAAUUUUUUUGAAGUUAAACUGCAAUAGCUUUGAACUGUACUCUGUUGUAACACAUGGCUGCUGACAUUCUCAUUAGGAAACUGCUCUAUAACCACGUUUAAUAAGACAGGUGAAUGUUGGAAGGUAGGAUGCUAGCGUGGGGGUUUGGGUGGAUUUUGGGAAGGGCCGCUACAAAUUCCAGAAGGUUUUCUCUGAUGGCUUCCCAGCUCUUGAGUCAAUGUUGUAUGUGCAUGUCUGUAAUGCAAUGUCCCGAGUAUUCAGUGCAGUGUGCCAUUUAAUCUAGGAAUCAGUAGCAUGUUGUGUCUAUAUAAAUCCUAUAGAAUUCAACCCUUUCCAUAAAGCAUGCAGACAUCUCUGUUAAAUAUAAUCAGCAUGAAAAUCUGCUUGGUGUAUUGGAUGGCUAUUUUGUUGUGUACUUGGGUUUUGUUUUUGUUAUUUAUUUUUUAUAUUUUUUAUUUUAUUUUUUUUGUUAAUCUGCAUUACUAAAUGAACAUUAAACACUGUGGAUUUUGUGUGCAACGAAGAAAGUGUUUGUAUCUAUAAGGACUUAAAACCUUCAAGUUCUACAGUGCUAGCCAGGUCUAAAACUUACUAGCCUCUGAAAACUUGGAGGCACACUAAUGGGGGUGAAUUCCUGUUUGCCAGGGCUGAAUUUCCACUUGCCAGUUGCUAGUAAAAAGUGGAAGUUAUUUAUGUAUACAUGUAUCUAUUUUGUGGAAGCAGUAAUACAUUCUGGAGCAUCUUGUGGUGGCUAGAUAGUAUGAGUAUUCAUUUUUUUUUGUUUUUUAUUAUAUAAAAGUGGGAUGUGAAUAUUUCCCUGUGUGUUGAGUGUCCCAUGUAGCCUUCAGGUAAGCCUUAAGUAACUUUCAAGGCCAGGUAGUAGCAUAAGACUUAAAAUGUUAAGGUGUUUGUACAUAUAUAUAUUGGCAUACCUUUCACCUUCCUGACCAGACCAUGCUGACAAGAACAACAAGGUCAAAACUGUACAUUGCUUUUUGGAUCCCAACCCAUGCUUUGUUUUAUUUAAAAAAACAAAAAAAACCCAACUAUUUCAAACCGUGUCCAUUGCUAAUGUUCUCUCCAGAAAUGCAGGGUGAAGUCUAUAACACGAUUCCUGUCUGUGCUCAUUUCUUGAGUUUCUGUGCCCAAGGGGGACUUCUCAAAUUCCAAUUUGAGAUAUGUAAGUGAUAGACAACAGUAAAUGUUUGGCAGAGCAUGGCUGCAUGUGAUACCUGUGUCCCCAGUGCUUCUGGGAAAAACAUUGGUUUGCGCAAAAGUCUGAUAACGUUACUGCAGUGGCUCCAGCAAGGAAUCUGGAAUUAAGUGCUUCUAGCUGUCACACAGAGGGUUCUAUUUUACAAAUGUAAAUGUUGCUGUUUAUCGAAAAAAGGAAAAUAUACCUUUUGUAUGAAUGUGGGAGCCACUGAUUGGCUUAGUGCAUCAGAGUUGCUCUAGCCAAUCAGCAGCUUACUUGCCUGGUCGCACUCUGCGCUUCAUGUAACUCAGUUUUUCAGAAGCCGGAUGAUGUCUGGUGGACCUGGAGAUUGGCGCUGGAGCCAGUCUUUAGGGUUAAACCAUUUGAGAACAAUAUAGCCACUUAAGUUAGGGGUUUCCAGGCACUAUAACAACUUAAUGUAUACAAAGUUGUUAUGGUGACCGAAGUGUUUCAUUAAGAUGUGGUUUUGGCGCUUCAUGUCACUUUGAAACAGUAGCAGAAUCUGUAUUUAAUUCACAUGUUUGGUAGCUAAUCAAUAUAGCUAAAUUGUGUAAGGCCCACUUCUAUCACCAAGUUAUUCUGAACUACUGUGCAAAUGGUGGUCCUCAGCAGGACAUUCAGAGCUCUGGGAUAUAAUGUUACUGAUUCUGUAAUAGUUACAAAGUAGUAUAGGAGUAAAAAAAAUGAAAAUACGAACGCAAAAGGAAACCACAUUGUGUGUGUAUGUAUAUAGUAGUGACAGCUUGUUGCUUGAAGACACUGUAUUCAGUGUAGGGCUGUUUAGUGGUUAAAAACGAUGCUUUGGGAUAUAUAUAUUCUUAACCAUCUAUUGUGUAGAACCGAGAAGGGACCUCACAGUUAAGGCUGAAUUUAGGGGGAAAAAUACUUGGUUUUGCUUCUUUUCCAAAUAUGUUGACCUAAAUGUAUUAUUAUAAUUUUUUUUUUUUUUCUUCUUCUUGUAAAUGCUACACAAUUACCAAUUCAAAAUAACUGCUACAGUGCUCAUUGUUUCGUCUAUUAAAAAGUUGGGGGGGUAUCUGGCAUUUCUUUGUAUGCCUGAUAGACCAACAAAGCACUAAACUUAGGUGAGUAAUUCCAAAUAUUCAUAUAUAAAGGGUUUCUUUAACCCUUUGGAGCGGGUGGACCUCUUUUGUGUAAAAUGCCUCAUUCCGCACUCUGCUCCGAUUGCAAAACCUAAAUAAAAUGUGUUUUUUUUUAAUACAGCUUGCAAUGGAGGGAGGGUGGGACAGAGAGCUGCUGCAUGCAAGGGGGAGAUUUUAACGUCUGUCAUCAACGUGCACUGAUGACAGACCUUAAUUAUGCACAGAAUUAACAUUCAGCAGCCUGGAACACAUUUCUGGGCUGUCGAUGUCACGUGUGCUGGGGGUGCAGCUAGCCCCUGGCACACAACUGACAACUUCUUUGCAUGUGCACUGUUUCAAGCAGCAACACUGCACAUCCAUACUCCUACCACCAUGACCACUUCAAAUCCCUGAAGUUGUCAUGGUGGUUGGAGUAACCGUUUAAAGGGAAAAAAUAAUUUGCCCACAGCUUUAAUGUUUGUGUGGGUGUUUUGUGCUUUUUUUAUUUAUUUAUUUAACUCCUCCUGUGUUCUAUCAAUGGAUUUUCAUUUUUGUUCAUGGUGGGAAAAUUAACACACAAAAAAAGGAACAAAGUAAUAAAAUUAUAAUCGUUACAAUAAGCUGUAGUGGUUAUGAUGCUUUAACUAUAUAUCACUGUUUUGGUGGAAAAUAGUGUGUCACCGUGGAAGCUUUUGACCUGUGACAAACUGAGGCAGCCAGAGAGGAAAGGUAUUAGUGUUAUUUGUAUUUAUUUAAAGCGACACUUCAGAUGCAUGAAGCGCUUUAGUUUUAAUCAAGUGCUUUAUGUGUAAAGUGUGCUGCAUUCGGACGUCUGUGAUUGGACAGUCACCGAAGUCUGGGCUGGGUUAUAAAGGGAUGGUUUGCAAAGGCUACAGACGAGAUCUGCAGCUUUAAAAAAACAAAACAUAAUUGCAUGCAUGUUUUCAUUUGAGAUAUAUCUUCUAAACAGUGAAUUUUAUUUAUUUAAAUUUGGACAGGGAGUGUCCCUUUAAGUACAUUUUAAAUCGAACCUUUUUGUCAACAAUAAAAACGUUUUUAAAUCUCUUGUUGGAAUUUACAGUUUUAUACAAUUAAAUGGAUACUUAAAGUACUAUAACCACUACAACCUCUUGUAGUAGCUAUGGUGCAAGAGACUCUGGCUUUUCCAAGACCAUUGUCAAUUAGUUUAACAAUAUUUGAGGAUACCUGUAGUCUCACUAUUCUCAUUUUUGUGCGGGUAGGUGGGAUAGAGUGGCGCUGAAUUGAUGAUGGGUUACUCCAAGCAUGAUAACCAUCGUGUUUAUGUCCUGACUGCUUCACAUAUGAGGCCAGUAGUUACAUACAACCUAGUGUCCUACAUUCCAGGUAUAACAAAUUGCAGCCCAUUGGAGUGGUUACGCCAGGAGUACCUUUGCCCAAGUUUACUGGUAAUGGCGCAAACCAUUGAGCAGCGGUUUGCACUCUUAUCUGGGUCCAUAUAAGGCUCUGUGACUACUUUAUCCCUGGUAAUGUGCUUCUAGCUUCUGUAGAAGCCUAAAAACUGCAUUUUUUUUUUUUUUUUUUUAUUUUUAUUUUUAAAGGACAACUAUAGUCACCCAGACCACUUCAGCUCAAUGAAGUGGUCUGGGUGCCAGGUCCCCCAGGUUUUAAUCCUGUAAACAUAGCAGUAUUAGAAAAACUGCAAUGUUUACAUUGCAGGCUUAAUCCAGCCUCUAGCAGCUGCUAGAAGCGCUUCUGCAAUGCUCAAUGCGAAAAUCGAGAAAUGCUUUCCUACAGGUGUGGUUUUUUUUUUUUUUUAAAUGUGCGCGCGGCUCGGAGGGGGAGGAGAGGUUACUAGCGCCGAGGGAGCCCGGUGCUGGAUAAACGUAAGGGGGUUUUAACUGCAUCCCUUUGUACAAAUUUGAUCUAAAAACUUUUUUUUUUCUCUUGUGGUAGUGGUAAGAGAAAAUGACUUCCUAUCAGCGUUCUCGGACUGCUAAUGUUGAAGAGCACAUGAAUUUAACCUAAGCAGCUGUGAGGAAGCAGGUUUUCUAUAAAGACCUAUAUCCGCUUUGAUGUGUUUGUUUUGCACUUGUGUAUGCUGGUUUUAUUUAUUUUUUUAAAAAAUUUGUGUUUAAAAUUAAAAAAAAAAAAAAAUAUAUAUAUAUAUAUAUAUAUAUUUAUAUAAUCAAGAUUUGAGUUGACAAAUUUUUGUAGAAUGUAGUAGCACACACGGCAUUGUAAGGAAAAGACUUUAAUCAUGUGGGAUGAAUCAGGUCAGAGAAGUAACCUUCUUUGUAGAAAGUAUCACUACAAAAAGCCACACAGUCUGCAGGUCACAAAGUCUCAGCCUCUCCCAGAUUGUCCACCCACUCUCGCAGUACAAACACACCCAGAAACCUGUGAAUUGCUGGCUGGCUGCCAUCAGAUCAAUGAGAUGUUAUCUGGCUCAGUGUGGCUGCCUGUGAACACCUUUGAUAUGGAGGGGGAGAAACCCAGACCAAUGUGUGUAAAUAUCUGUAUCACCUUAAAGACACAGUCCAGCCACCUAAUACAAAUGUAUCCAUAAGAUUGGAGGGAAUUUCCAAAGCUGCUUUUUAUUUUUAUUUUUUUUUUCUAAUAGAAAAAUGUUUUGUAGAUACCAUUUUUAUUUUCAUUUUUGGUUGUAUACAGCAAACAAAUGCUGAGGAAUCCAUGUCACAAUCUACUGAUGGCCGUUUGUAUAAUGCAAAACCAAUAUAAAACAUUCUCUACACCAAUACAUAAAUCUUUUAAACCUCGUGUAGUUCAAGAACAGAUUGCUGUGAAUUUUAUUCGCCUCAAAUCUUUCUCUCCCUCUCCAAAAAAAUGUAUUGCACGUGGGUGAUAUCUUAAGUGAGAGGCCAUCUUUAGCCUCCAUUGAUGUUUUAGUGUGAACAUCUCAUCCACAAAUAUUCUUUUUGAAGGAUGAUAUAGAUUUUAUCUGUAAUUCAUGCUGGUAGCAUUUUUCAGAAAGAUUAAGAUAUAAUUACCUGCCAAUCAUGACUUCCUCCAAGGUGACUGCUUGGAAUGCACCCACCCUAGGAAAUGUAUUUUGCAUUUGAUAAAUGCCCCCCACGUGAUAGAAAUUGUGGUAUGCCACCUCAGGGUUUUGGCUGCUGCUCAUGAAAUAUAUAUAUAUAAUUUUGUAGUCUUUACUGCCAUGCCAACAGCAUAGUUCUAGAGAUUAAAGGAAUGAGAGCACGUGAAACUUUAUUUUAAUCACCAACACAGUCUGUAGAGAGUACCCUUUUCUUUUUUUUUUUUUUUUUUAUUAUUGACAUAACCGGUAUAUUUUAAUUGUGAGGCUGCAAUUCAAAGGAACACUCCGGUCACAUGCUAUAUUGUUUAUUGUGAUCGAAUUCUCCCUUCAUUCCUAUUGUAAGUCGUCAAAUGGUUUUGGGACAGUUUAACGUCUUACCUUGGGUCCACUGUCUCCACUACAUCUGUUUUGGGAGCCGGAAGAUCCUUGGCAUUACAUUCCAUUGGUACUCUUGAGCUAAGUCAGCUGACCUGUUUACAACCAGUGAAAUAAGCUCAGAGCUUCUGUUCUGAAACAAUUUAAUGACUUACCAAGUGUUAGAGGCCACCAGAGCGCUGCUGACACAAUAACUACAACAGCAUGUGUUAAUUUGACACCCUGAGUCUUUAGAACACUAAAUGUCGUUCUUUUUUGACUAUUCACUGUAGUUUAUAUUGUAUUCACCCAUUUGACAACUGCCUCUGUUAGCUCUAGUUUCCUUAAUACACUUUUGGGGGGGGCUCUCCCCUCGUGGCUGACCGGUCCAUAACUUGACUCAUAUGGCUUUUCUAAUGAACGGAUCUGAGCGGUAUUUCGACAGAUUGUGCGCUCAGAUCCCAGCUAUUUUGUGGAGUUCAGAUGCAUAUUAUGCUAUUUUUAACUAAUAUUGUGGGAUUUUCUGUACGGAGAGAGAGAAUGUAAUUAAAGGUGUACUCUUACGCAAUUAUCUCUCCAGUACAGAAAAGGGUUAUGGGAAACGUUAUUGUACGCUCAAUUUUCCACAAGGUCCACCAGGGGAAAACCUCUGGAAUGUCACUAAGGAAACCCCCUUGCAUGGGGAUUUGUAUAAAACCGGCUGUGGUUCAAUAAAAGUUCAGUUGACUCCAAAAACUGUGUGUCGUCCAGUUGUUGGGGGAAUGGGAUUGGAAUUACUACGCUACUCUUAAUUUUAUAGGCUGACUACGUCUACCAGCGGAUAUAUUGCAGGUUACACUUCUACUCCGCUACAAGGAGAUAAUCAAAUUUAUAUUAAACAGAAUUUGCAAUAAAGGUGUAAACAUUAGACUGUGCAAGUGACAUGCAGGGAGGUGUGACUAGGGCUGUAUAAACAAAGGGAUUUAACUCCUAAUGGUAGAGAAUUGAGCAGUAAGACUGCAGGGGUCUGACCCAUACACCAAAACUGCUUCAUUAAGCUAAAGUUGUUUUGGUGACUAAAGUGCCUCUUUAAAGCAUGCGCUUGCCUUGCAAGGUCACACUAUAUAAAUAGAAAACUAACCGGGUUAUCCACACAUGUGAGAAUUCAAAGGGGAUUUCCAAUAGAAGGCCAUAAAUGCUGGACUGAAAAAUGGUCUAAUCCAUUUAUGCUUCAAGUUUGGCUACUUUGGCCUUAAACUUGAAAUUUACUCUGAAUUCUUAGUUUAGUAAAUAGGCCUGCCAGUCACAACCUAUAUAUUUCUGGCUUUUUUUUUUUUUUUUUUGGAAUUUCACUAGAAUAUAGCUUUAGUUAUCUGAGACAGUUAACCACUGAGAAUGUGCUACAGCAUUUCAGAUCCUAUAAAAUUGCUUUACAUUAGGAACAUUGAGGUGAUUUUAUUUAUGUUGUCACUGUAACCCUCCUAGUACAAAUCUAAUGUCUUCUGUAAUGAAGAACCUAAUUUCUUCCUUCUACCCCAAUUAUGUGUCCUGUCCAGACACAAAAUCUGCCAGUACAUUUGUCAUUGGAUUUGAUUGAUGUGCUCAAUAGUGGACUCAAGUGGUUAUGUAUACAGGUGAUACUCAAAAAAUUAGAAUGUCAUGCAAAAGUUCAUUUAUUUUAGUAAUUCAACUUAAAAGGGGAAACUAAUAUAUGAGAUAUGCAUUACAUGCAAAGCAAGGUAGUUCAAGCCGCGAUUUGUCAUAAAUGCGAUGAUUAUGGCUUACAGCUCAUCAUCUAAUUUUUGCGAGUAUCACCUGUACAUUUUAUUUUUCUCAAAAGUUGCUUUCAUCAGCAAGCGUCUGGGUCAACCAGGUACAUGAUUAAACCAUUUUUGCACUGUUUGUUGAACUAUCUGACUACUUACUCUGUGAAUACUAUAGCUUCACCAUAUCAAAUUUAAUUGAUGGGAUGUGAUAUAAGGUAAAAUAUACUUAAAAAAGAAAGUUCUCUUUUAAUCUGGCAUAUAUUACUGAUACUUGCGCUUCCUACUGCCCCAUUUAUUACAUUCUGCGGCUACAUUGAGGGAUGAAUUAAUACAUGUUCCUUUUUCUUCCAUCCGUUUGUUACUGACGGAUGAACGGGGCUCAUGCAAAACACUCCAACAGCUGCACACUAAACCGUUUACAGUCUUAGUCAUCGAUGUAACAAUUUAUUUUUGCUUGGUCAAAAGUCCGAUGUCUGCUGCUGUCGGCAAGUUAAUAAUUAACUUUUCCUCCCUUUUCUGUUUUUUUUACACCCAUAGGCCUUUUAAAUGAAAUAAUCAGUAUAGGUAGGUGUAAAGGUGGAUUGACCGAGCAUGCUAGGGGGCAGUGUUUGUGUGCUUUUUGAAGUUACAUAGGAUUUGUACCAUGCAGCGAGGUUUGAAUUGGCAUUCGAUUUGUUCAACUUUAUGCUUAAAUGCUCUUACGCCUGUAUUUCUACAGCUGCCAAGAUGAGGAGAUUUCUACGCUCCGGUCACGAUUCUGUGCGAGAGCGGCUCAAACGAGACUUGUUCCAGUUUAACAAGGUAAGAUAAUGACUAGUUCCAAAAACAUUAAUGGAGUGUGUGUGUUUUCUUUUUUUUUUUUUUUUUGUGUGCAAUUUUAGAACACGUCUUUAGGGAACGAUGACCUGAAUCAAUUAUUUUUAGAUUCCAUUCUUUCUCGUUCCUGGCUUAGUGGAAGUGCACCACAUCCCCGUCUGUUUUUACUGUAAACUAAGAAUUAACAUCCUGGAACAGCAGGAGGUAACUCUAAUUGGUCGUAACCCCUCCUCACCCAGGCAUUUUCAUUUUUUUAAUUGUAGAAUCAGAGUGCUAGUAAUUACUUCCACUUAGAUCCGGUUGCAAAGGGACCUUUUAUUCCUCAUUGAAUCCAGCUAAUUCUGAAUACACGAUUAGUUUGCUACCAUAGUUUAGUCCCAAGGCUGAAACUGCCCAUCCCUGUUGUCUGUGGCCACCUGUUAUUUGUGGCCUAUUUUUGCCUUUUAUCUCUUGGUUAUAGCUCUAAUCACAGAGGCACGUUUGUCUUUGCCAGCCGUGGGCAGGUCCAUGCUGGCACUCAAACCAGCUCGUCUAGUUUUUGAUCUGUGGUUUGUUGAAGUAAUAGUGAAUGGAAAGGGUGGGGAUAUCAAACAUUUGGCAGAAUGAGAUGUGAGGGUGGGGGCUGAAUGGAGUGCACUGCAUGAGGAACAUCCAAAACUGACCAUAAGAUGCAGAAUGGAGGCUAUAGGGCCAGACUGGAAUUUUAGGUAGCUGAUCUCAACAACAGCUUGUUACAGUCCACUUUAUUAGAAUACAGACAGGAGUCUUUGGCUAUAGUCCCUUUUGUUUUAUGUCAGAGCUGUUUGAGGAUUAUGACAAAUCUCUAACACUUUGCAACAGAGACAAUUGGUUAUUUCUCUUCCUCCAUUCAAAUAUUAAAAUAUCUGCAGUAAAGCAUAUAUUUUUGAAGAUUAAAUUUCCCUGGGUGUUUAUUCAUUUAUGCGUGUGUGUGGUUUUUAAAUCUGGGUGUAAAUUUGUGUUUUUGUAUGUGGGGUGUGUACACACAAACGUUCAGAUUUUCAAGUCCUACCCUAGCAGAAAUGCCUAAAACUUACUUGCCGUUGAUGGAUCCUUGGCACCCUAACCAUUUAAACUCCCCAAUGGCUAGUGGUGGCAAGCACCCACUACAGUAUUCUAAAAUACAAACUCCACACUGGGAUUGAACAUCACAGAAAAAUUGCUCCAGAAGGCUAUUGUAACGGGACCGCUGACUGAUGCUCCUAGUGCUUUCCGAGGUCUCCAUGCACUCCACCGGACACCAUAACCACUGCAGACCCCACGAACCGCCGCAGCUUGGGUCCAGCUUCCAGUAGGUCGACCUCUCCGAAUUCCAGAGAGCAGGAACAAGCUCUUAGCAGAGCUUAGUGAUUAUACCCUGGGGAGUAUAGUGAUUAUAGCAAUCCCCAGAGUGUAAUUAUCCAAUCCCCCAAACAUGAGCCAAAACUUCGUGAAGGUACAAGAUGAUCUCACUCCAAUGAGCAUUUAUUACUCCUUAUAUACAAGUUUUCAGGCCAGAGGCACACCCCUUGGACCUGGUUGUAAACUGUGACAAAAGGGACACAAACCAACAUGACACUCCCACAUACACAAUGAAAUCCCUCCUCUCCAUCCUGGAGAUAAUUGACUUAAGGCACUGCAGUAAACUCCAUUAUCUCCAGGUACAGAAAAUAUCUACAUUUUACACUAACCGCAAAAAUACGUAAAAGUACAUAAAAAUACAUAAUUCUUAUAUUACACAGAACCCCCACAUUUAACCUAUCCCCAGAUAGCUUGGAUCUGAGCACCCAAUAUAGGUGAUCAGCGCUCAGAUCCCAUUAACAAAGAAAUUUGCCAUGAGGUUAAAGUUUUUGUGGAAGCAUCUUUUGACCGACCGCACGCAGGUUUUCCUGCCCAAACAGCUCCACAGAUGGUAUUUCCAAUGGUAAAGUCAGUUGACAUAAAAAAAAGACUAAGUCCCAUUCGAAUGCAUGAACGGGCCCCGUUCGUGCAAAUAGCACAGCGUAACAUGGCGUUCGAAUUGUCGAACGCCCUUCGACUUUAGGUGUUCGUGCAAUUGUGUAACCAAUUUUUAGUUCCAUGGAUUUGCUUGCACACACUGCUGACCACGUUCGACUAAAUUAAAAUGGCUGCCACCACGUGUUCGUUUGUCGAAUGGUGGCUACUUCGGCUGCAUCCGAAGUGCCAUAUAAGAAGUACCAAUCCUUUCCCAUACUAUUUAAAGGGCCAGAAGUAGUGAAAUAAAAUCCGAUAUGGCCAAAUGUUUUUUUUUUUAAAGGGCAAAAUCUCCCAGAGGCCAUAGUCAUGAGGAAGGAGACUGGCAAUCAGGCUCCUCCAACAGCCAGGGGCAAAGGGCAGCUUGUCACCUAAAACUCCAGUGACAAAAGGCAUUUAGUCACAGCUAUGUACCCGUAUGAAGAUGCCUGGUGAUAUACCCUGCUAAUUGUUCAACUAAAGGUCUGUUGUAAGCAAAAUAGGUUUCCCAGGUGAAGUUACAGAACUAAAUGGAAAGAUUCCUAUUUCAGCCUUAAAACUCAGUAUUAGUGGGCUGACAAAUCUGUCAAAAAGUCUAACUUUUUUUUUUUUUUUAAGUUACAUUUUGUGUGGGUGGUUGUGUGUAUUUUGUGUUUUUUAAAUUUGAUCUAUUUUGGACUUCCAUAAUGUUACUUUCUUCUUAUAAGUAGGCAGUGUUAUUUCCUGUUAUAUUGCUACUAUUCUCACCUGCAGCACAUGUGAUAUGUUUUUUUUUUUUUUUUUCAAUGGGUUUAAUGUAACAUUGCAUAGUCUUUAUUGUAUGUGUUGCUUUUGUCCAGGUAGGAUAGAUAUUGAUAGUGUGGGAGCGUAAACUACUUAUUCUUAGAUGCUGUGAAAAGCAUUGGAUGGCUAUGGGGUUUUUCUCCUGUCUAAGCUCCAUAAUUUCUGCCCUUUGAAUGGUUCGACACUUAACAUUAUGUUACUGUUUUUAGUAGUGAGUUACACACAAAUUUAUUAAAACUACUCUUGGGGGCCCAGCAAAAGAUGAUGCAAAAUGAAGAAAAACCUCAAUAACAUUUUCUAAUUGUUACCUCUCUGCAGACGGUAGAACAUGGAUUUCCCCAUCAGCCCAGUGCCCUUGGUUUCAGCUGCGUUCUACGUCUUAUGGCGAUUGGUACUCGAUCUGGAGCAAUCAAAAUGUAUCCAUAUUUUAUUUUUUAUUUUUUUCUGAAAUGUCUGUGGUUAUUCAGGAGCAAUUGUGGUGGUUUGUGGGUUUUUUGUUUUUUUUGUUUUUUGUUGUAGGUGUGGAGUGUCGUCAUCGUUCCUCAGCAAUUUAGUUUUCACUCAAGGUCUCUCUGUGCUUACACUAUGUAUAAUGUAUCUUUAGAUAAGGCACUGUUGGGUCAAUACUGUAAACGUGGUGUAAAUUUGUCAUACAAUUGAAUGAUUUAGUAUUCACUUCUCCUUUUGUUUGGGGGUUAGGGCACAGCUGUCUGUAAAUAUGCCUGUUUAUAAAAUUUAUCACUGGAAGUUUAGGCUGACUUUUUUGAGAUAUGAGAACUCUAAGAACAGGCAAAAGAGCAGAGAAACCUCAGUAGCCUGUCCUUUGGUUAACGCUGGUCUCUUCUCGUCACGGAGUGAACCUAUACCCUUUCAUAGCAGACUGAUCCCGCCCUCAAGGCUAGUCCUGAUCCGAAAUGCCGGCAAGUUCUCUCUCUCUAGGCUUCGGGCCUAGUCAGCGAGGUGUAGUUUAUAUCCCUCAAGGCACAGUGCGCACAGGGUCCAUGUUUAAUUACUCUUUAACUUGGGGAAAGCCCAAGAGUAUAUGAAUAAUCUGGCUUGUCCCAUUACAGAAAGUACAUAUACCAUUUGCAUAUUAGACUGAUCCCGCCAAGAAGGGCAGUCCAGAUCCAAAAUGCUGGCAAGUUCCCUCUGCAUGAGACAUACAGCAACCACGAAGGAUUGUGUUACCCUACUGCAGACAUGUCUGUAGACCUUUUGUAUCUACAUUCCUUAUUGCCAUCCACUCCACUGCGCAAGAGAUGGAGCCGAUCACCUAGCCCCUAUCCAGUGUUGCCUUCCUACCAUUUAUCUCUUCCCUUCACAUGGCAUAGAAGAUUGGAAGGUCCCUUGGCCACUUUAAAAUUAGAGCAUUGAGUAAAUAUCUUUCAUAAUAAGUUGUGGCUUAUGGUUUUUUCUUAUGAUAGUACCAUAUUUAAAAUAAAUAUCAAUAGUGCACUCCAUCAUACUGUUUUGUGUACACUCCUCUGACAUCUGCAUGACUUCUAAUUUUCUGCUUCUAUCCAAUGGAAUUCCUUAACUUGCACUGUAAAAACCUCCUUCACAUUCCACAGCUUACAACACAUUCUAUAACCCUAUGUGUAUAGUUGUUGCUUAAAAGAAGAAAAACUGUUUUUUUUUUGUUUUUUUUUUCUCGAUGUAUUCUAUUGUUAGACAUUUCUCUUAACUCUCUUUACCACCAAGAUAUGGUUGCCCAGGAGUUGAAUUCAUGGGCCUCCAUGAUGAAAAUAAUGCAGUGAUCAAAAUAACCUUCAUCCCAAACCAGGUGAGUCGCAGUUGUCCUAAAUGUUACAGCAGCUUGUCCUGUGUUGCAGCAAUGUGACCACUAUUUAUACAUGAACUACAAAUUUGCUGUGGUCUGCUGAUGGCAUUGCAACGAGAGAGAGAGAGACCCCCCCCCAAUGGGUAAAAAUUAAUCUUGGGGUGUACAUCCGAGAAACAAGCUUUGUUGGUCAUAUAUCUUCUAUAAUAUUAGUAUCCAUAACAAAGGGCUAGGGAAAUUAUUGGCUAAAAGAUUAAGAUUGCUUUAUUUUGAUCAAAUUCAACGGUGUUAAUCCUAUAACCUACUCAUUUUGAUCCUGUUCAUUUUUUUUUCUUUUAAGUGCCAACUUGUGACCCUACUGGAUGACAACAGUCUCCAUUUGUGGUCAUUCAAACAUCAUGAUGGUGUGUCCGAACUGCAGGAGGAAAAUAAAUUCACCCUACGUGGCCCUGCUGGGUGAGCACUAGAUAAGAAAAAUUUAAUCCUGUAUUAACUAAAAACGUAUAUAUUUAAUGUCUUAAUUAUGAUGGUGGUUUUUAUGGUUUUGUUUCUCUCUAUAGAAGAGCAUUUACAGUAUAUCUUUUUAAAACACCAUUUUUGGGGUGGCCUUGGAUACAUAGGUUUCUGAAUUGUCUCAUAUAGUUGCUGUCUAUUUAUUUUUAGAUAGGUUAUUAAUAAUCUGUAAAACGGGUUAGGUUGUUGGCUUUGAUGACCUCAUAAAAUAGUUGAUGUUGGUAUAUUUUAAUUUUAUUUUUUGUAUUGUUUCUCACAGUUCACCCCCCAGCGUGACACAAAUUAAAGUGCUGCUGGCACAUUCCUCUGGGGAGCGGUUAUACCUAGGUACAGAGGGAGGCACAGUCUUCACCUUGGCAUUACCAUCCAUGAAGCUGGUGGAAGCGAAAACCGUGGGACACGAGACAGCACUACAAGGGUAAACUUAUUUGUGUUAGACUGUCCUAAUUUAUUUAUUUUUUAAAUCUCUGGUCUGUUAAAAUAGUACUUUGCCUGUCACUCUGACAUCCUGUACCUAUAGCACUAAAGAGUAUGUAAACAUAUAUAUUUUUAUUUAUUUUUAACACAGUCUUCCAGAUGAAUACACAAACAGGCGACCUUUUGAGUCAGUAGAAGCUUUACAAGAGAAUCCUAGGAACCCAGACCAGCUGCUGAUUGGUUACAGCCGAGGGUUGAUGAUGGUGUGGGAUAUUACUAUGGAGUGUGCUGUACGCCAGUGUAUGGGCACACAGGUAAUUCAGUAGGCAAGCACUGUCCUUUCAACUUGUAGUUAUUUAUUUUUCUAGAGUUUGGUAAAUUCUCCAAUUGGAGUUGUUUGUGCCAUGUACAUAACUAAACUUUCCACUUUGUUUAAAAACACACAAAAAAAACACGUUUAGAUCAUGCUUUCCUUGCUUACAGCACUUGGAGAAUGUUUUCUGGUGUCGUGAUGGGAAACAAAUAAUUAGUUGUCACAAUGAUGGUGGCUACAACCAAUGGCCUGGAAGUGGCGAUGGGGUACAGGAAUCUCCCAUGGAGAAGAAAGUACCAUAUGGUAAGGUUGGGUGUGGGGUGGGGGAAGCCCUGAAGAUUCCAUAGUGCAUUCAUGUUUUUAAUGUACAGGUGUUUUGUUUUGUUUUUUUCAGGUCCAUUCCGCUGUAAAGCAAUCUGCAAAAUAACUUGGCAUUCGUCACGCAGAGGGUGAGUGUCAUUGCAAACGGUGUUGUAAUUGGUUACAGUAAGGAAAGUCAUGUAAAGUUAUUUUGGGGGGGGGGGUCCUGGAAACCUGUUCCUUUUUAAGAAUUCUAUACAUCUCUUGCAUUUUCUGGUGUGAUGUGCAAAGUCCUAAAAUUCUGAUAUACUUGCUUAUAUACUGUAUUUUCCAGGCAUUCAAAGCUUGUGAUGUACGGGUGUUAAUGUUUGGUGUGAAAUAGGAGUCCAGUUACCAUUUUUGGGAGGGGAUUGUGGGUGAUUUGUGAUAUUUAUAUUUUUGCAAGACAAGGAAUUACAUUAGCCUGAUGGACAACCAUUCUAUAUGAAAACUUUAAAAUAUUUGGUCUGUCUUCAACCCAUGUGAUGCCUCUAAACCCCAACAGGUCACCAUAUAUUGUGUUCCAAGGUGGGAUGCCCAUGGCAAGUUAUGGAGACCGACACAGUAUCUCUGUUGUCCAUGGCAACCAGCAGACUGCAUUCGAUUUCACUUCCCGCAUCAUUGACCAUAUAGUGAUUGGCAGCUCUGAUCCCUCAGCAGGUGAGUGUAGGGUUGGCAAUUUGUAUCCUAUCCCAGGCUUCCUGCUAGACUGUUUGAUAUUGGCAAUUACUGUUAUGAGCUUUAGAAAUGCUGAAUAUAUUGUGGAUAGUGAAGAUAAGUUAACUAAAAUGUUAAACAAAAUAUUCCAGUUUAACAUUUGCAUAACUCAAAAAACAUUUUGAGGGUCGUCUUCGGUUUGGUGUUUGUGGAUUUAUGAAAUUUUAUUUUAAAUUUUUUUUUGUUUAAUUCUUAUCAUUCAGUAUUCACUAAAGCACAUUUUCUAAAUUGAAGGCCAACCUGAACAUUUUAAACCAAUAUGAGUGCUGAGAACAGGCAAAAGCUUAGAAAAACCUCAAUAGUUUGCCCUAUGGUUCGUCCCUGCUUGGGUCUCCAAAAAUCUGAAAGGUCUGAAAAUAUAGCCAAUAUUUUGGUCUAGACUCACUAAUUCACUAGUAGUAGUAUAAUGACUGCCAUUGCCCAUUAAGAAAAAAACAAAACGUAAGCAUCACUAAUCCAACUAUGUUUAAAAUCUUGUCUGUAUGGUGUGGGGGUGUGUUUUUUGUUUUUUUUGUUUUUUUUGUGUGGUUUAUCAACUUGCAGCUGACCCGAUUUUUGUCUGUCGGUCCUUGAGAUUACUUCCUAAAUGCACUUUACCACCACUGUCCUGAAUGUUCUAUACAGAGUACGAUGACCCGCGUGCUCUGCUGGUACUUGCAGAAGAAGAAUUGGUGGCAAUUGACCUGCAGACACCUGGCUGGCCAGUGAUACAGUGUCCUUACCUUGUAUCUCUACACUGCUCUGCUAUUACCUGCUCGUACCAUAUAUCCUCCAUCCCUCUGAAGCUGUGGGAGAGGAUAAUCGCCGUCGGCCGGAAGCAGAACACUCACUACUCUAGUUUGGUAAGUUGUCCUCUUUGUUGUAUUGAGUUUCUUUUCCCACAUUUGUAACUUCCUGCCCAUUGGAUAUGUGAGCACUGACAUGUUUUGGGAUAUUUUAAUACUUAAUCUAAGAAGAAUUUGAAUUUCUAUGAGAAAUUACUGCUUAGAUAUUGACACCAAUAAAACUGGCUGCACCAUCUGAAUUUUUUUUUUCCCAGAAGUGAUACUACAAUUUAAAAUUCAUACUUUUUAGAGUAGAACAUUCUUCUGAAAUUACAUUGCUUACACGCAAAUCGUACCCUGUGGUUCAUCGAGUUAAGAUUUAUUAAUUAAAUGGCUUGUCACACCGUCCACAGAAAUCCACAGAUCUGUCCUUUUUUUAUAGAAUUAAAAUAAUGUAGAGGUUACAUUGUCAGUGUCUUUGUUUUGAGUGCAGCUUAGAUUGCAAGACAUUGUAUUUGGGUUAUAUGCCUGUUCUUUUGUCACGCCAGUGCUGUCUUUUCUGUGAAAGCUGUCUGUCAUAAUUACAGCCAGGGUAGGUGGGACUAGGGCUGCAUAAACAGGGAUUUAACUUUUUUAAAUAGAACAUCCUUGAUUAGACACUGCAGAGGCAUGAUCUAUACACCAAAACCACUUAGGGUCCCUUUAAGGUCAUUGCUGCAUUACAUGGCCAAACAUAUGUGUGGAUGGUUGAACUUGAUGGACUUGUAUUUAGAUAUUUUCAUCUAGAGCAAACCGCCUGAAACAGGUGUGUGUAAAAUCACACUGAUUACCAAAACAACCUCUGUAGCAAUGUUCCUUCAUCUAGUAGAAAGCUUUCAAGGUUUGGGGGAACUCUCAAAGGGCAGCACAGUUGGAUCACGUCCAUAUUCAUAACCUGAUCUUUGAAUGCGUUGCUUGAGCAGGUGUAAACAUUACAAGGUGCCUACAUACUUUUUGACAAUCCUUUCACAUUCUGCCACGUGAGUUUAAUCUGUAUGUGUGCAGGGCUUGACUUUGUGGUUUUAUUCAAAUUUUUUUGCUGCUUUCUGAAUGCGCUCUACAAUUUCUAAAUACAGCCCUGGCCAGUUGAUGGAGGUGUGAAUUUAGCUCCUGCACCACCACAGAGAGACUUACUACUUACAGGGUGAGUACUUUAUUGGACACUUAUUGCAUGAGAGAACCUCCAAUCGCCUAUCUCAUGGGUACCUGUAAGGUGCUCCUAUCCAUCUUCACACUUCCUUAAUUUGAUUGCGCCUCUUCUUCCUGACAUCCCUCACGUUCUGGAAAAGGGAAGGUAUUUGUUUUUGGUUUUUGGUGGGGCAGGGGGGCACAAAAAGUAACCCUUAAGUUCUUUGUAGGAAGUGGACCUUUCAUGUGGAGUGACCUUUGAUACAUUUAUAUAUGGUAAUCCCUUAUCACAGUGAGACAGAAACUAUUUGUAAUCUAUACUAUUGAUGCAAAGAUUAUGAAAAUAAACUUUAUAUAUUUCUGUAACUACCCCUAAUAUAUCAACCUUGACACUGUACAUUUUUUGGGCAGGCAUGAGGAUGGCACUGUGCGCUUCUGGGAUGCAUCGGGGGUGUGCCUGCAGCUGAUGUACAAGUUGAGCACCGUGGGCGUCUUUCAGACAGAUUCUGACCACAAUGACAAUCUCAACGCUCAUGGAGAGGACGACUGGCCCCCACUCAGAAAAGUGAGUAAUUGUUUUGUCAUCGGAAUCUAGUCACUUGUUUGUUCAGUACAACUUCCAAGACUAGUGGUUUUUAAUCUUCUCAUUAUAUCAAGUGCAAAUUAUGGUGUGUAACCUGUCAUUCUAAUCUUCUAUAGGACAUGUAGAAAAUUGAUCCUUCCCCCGGGCCGGUGUAUCAAAACUCCCUCAUUAAGCUGAAUCGGUUUUGGUGUUUGCUGUGUAUUAACCUCGUAUGUUACUCACAUAUAACUAAUCACUGUGUGUAUGUAAUUCAGCUUAAUGAAGUAGUUUUAGUAAUCCCCUGCAGUAUUAACUCUAUUUAUGAGUUAAUGUUCAUACAACCACUAUAAAAAAAUUUUUUUUUUAUAAAGGAGUAUGGGCGCUACCAAAAUACAAAUAUAAAAUGACUGGUUUAGUGAAAAGGGUAUCCCACAACCCUUGAGAAUAGAUAAUUGAAACAAUAAAACAAAUACUGCACCAGUCAAUAGUAGGAUCAAUCUAAAAAACAAAAAUCUAAAAACAGUGCAAACUAUGUGUACAUCAAAUAAACCCAGAUAGGAUAAAACUCACAGGAUCUGGAGAACUUAUCUUGCUUUCCUUGGAUGAUGAGCAUGGAAGUCCUUUCCAGAAUAGGGUGGAUUAUGGUGAAGUCUGUUCCUAGUCUGUGAGUGGAGAAGUCGGCGUAGUCCGGAUCCAGCAAGAGAGGUUCGGUACACAGGUAAUCAAAUAGAAGAGCUCUGACGACAAUCAGCAACAAUGUAGCAAGUAUCCGAGAGGCACAAACUGAUUGAGCAAUUUGGAUGCGGUCGCGGCUUCCUUUAGAAAGGGAAGCGUUUGACAUCAGAUGCAUGGGAGGAGUUGGAUCGGCGAAACACGGAAGUCAUAUGGGUAAUGCCGAUUGGACUGGAAACAACAUGUGGAAAUCCUGACACUUGGUAUGCUGAGAUAUUAAGAUUUCCUAUCACUGGAAGUAAGGGGCCUGGACCAAUUCCUGAAAAAAAGCCCCAUACCAUUUAUCCCUCCACUACCAAACUUUACAAUUGGCAAAGUGCAGUCAGGCAUGUAAUGUCUCUGCCAAACAGAGGCAUGAUUUGUCACUCCACAGGACACAUUUCCAGUGGCACUGUGCUUUAUGCCACUCGAUCCAACACUUGGUACUGUACUUAGUGGUAUGAGGUUGCAUGCAGCUGCUUGGCCAUGGAAACCCAUUCCAUGAAGCUCACACAGCAGUUUGUGUGUUGAUUUUGAUGCCAGUGGAAGUUGGAACCUCUUCAACUAUGGAAUCAGCAAAGACUCUGCACUCAGUGACCCUACUCUGUGACUUUAGGUGGUCGUCCACUCUGUGGUUGAGUUGCUGUUGUUCCUAAACACUUCCACUUUCUAAAUUCACCACUUACAGCUGACCAUGAAAAAUUUUGCAGGAAUGAAAUUACAGGAACUGACUUCUUGCAAAAAGAAUAUUCAUCAAGAAAGGAAUAUUGAUACAGCACUUCAAAACAAGUGUAAACUAUGUUUAAAACAAUUAGCAGCUCAACAACACUUGUGUAGGGAUCCCUUUCUUCCCUCAACAACCAUUUGGUAACCAGAAAAUAUUAUAAGUGAAAACUAAUAAAAAAAAAAAGUGACACACUAAAAACAAAGGCUUCUCGUACCCCUUACAGUAUAGAGAUGAGUAGAGGUUUCAAUAAAAUGCCAUCUUAAACACAACAAAACAGAAAAACAAAAUGCAGAUGGUUUUUUAAAGCGAUGAGUACAAAAUAAUGGUUACAAAAAUUACUCACGUGGGUUUAGAGCCUGGGUAUAUGGCUCACUUUUUGCCCAAUUGCGCGCUUGAGGCAGCACCACACCUUGCUUCUUUGAGUUUUUUUUUUUUUUAAAUCUCAAAUGGGGGGGAAAAAAGGGAAAUCAAUUUUAUGCAGUAUGUAGAGCCAAAAAUCUAGGCGAGAGUGCAAGUAAACUCACCUUGUUCAGAGCCCCAUAAAUCCCUGGCUGUCAGUUUGUGGAGUGACAAUCUUAACACAAGUUGGGCCAUGAAAAUUAAUAAACAAGUAUUUAUUAGUGAACAUAAUUCUUAUUUAUUUUUUUAAAUUGAUUCAAAAGUUCAGUAUUGUAGUUCUGCCAAGACACGUUUCAUUUGAUCGGCUUUCUCAAUCCGCAUUAAAAAAGCUGGAGCGAAACACUGAACUUUUGUGAAGUCUACUUUUUAAUCUAUUUAAUUUUUUUUUUUUUUGGUUUGUUUCUGUUCAAGGUAGCGGUUUUGGGAGUGUCACUACAAGCAUGUUAGUCCAUGUUUUGAAUCGUACUGUCGUAUGUGUUGGAGCUUUAUUAAUAAUAACAAUUUGUGGUUUUAAGUCUGCAGGUUCUAAUAUCUUCCUAUUCAGUAAGUCGUUAUCAUUUUGUGUGUUUUGCUCACUGUCCCCAAGGCGUUGACCUCCCCUGUCUAACUCCACUUGCCUGGUUUUAGGUUGGCUCAUUUGACCCAUACAGUGAUGACCCAAGACUCGGAAUACAGAAGAUUUAUCUUUGCAAGUACAGUGGUUACCUGUCUGUUGCUGGAACUGCUGGUCAGGUGAGUAAUGGAUACCGAGAGAUUGAAUUGAUUCUUUCUACCAAUUUACCAGUUGAUUCUUCUUGUUCUAAUCACAAUGUGGGAAAAUUACAUUAGUGGUUGCUUUAACCAAGACUAGCCAAACUGUAACUAUAAAGUAAAUUAUAAUCCACAAGGUUCAUCCUUAAAGGCGUUCUAUAGUGUUCGUGGGGAGUGGAGGGGAGGGGGUCAUCUGAUACUCCCUGGCAACCAUUGAUUGUAUGAAUUAGUUUGGCUUAAGAUGAGUGUAAUCACUGUGUGUAUGUAAUUCAGCCUAAUGAAGUAGUUUUGGUAGCCCCCCUGCAGUAUCAACUCUCUUUAGGAGUUAAUGUUAAUACAAGCACUUUGACCACUUUUUCAGUGUUCUAAACUGGUCAUUGUGUUUGGUAAUACAUCCAGUGGGUCUUGGCUUUUUUGGAUUGUAAGGGACCGAUUGUGUCCUGAGAGGACAAAAAUAUCUAAUUUGCUAGAUGAGGGGUGUGGGUUUUUUAAUUAUUUAUUUAUUUUUCUCCCUUAACGCAUUGCAGGUUUUAGUUCUGGAGUUGAAUGAUGAGAGUGCAGAGCAGGUGGUAGAAGAAACUGUGGUGGAUCUUCUGCAGGAACAGGAAGGCUAUCGCUGGAAAGGUCACGAACAGCUACGUGUCCGGACAGACGCUGUCCGUUUUCCUCCGGGAUUCCAGCCAUUCUCUUUAGUGCAGUGCCAACCUCCUGCUGUGGUCACUGCAAUGGCAUUGCACUCCGAGUGGAAACUACUAGCUUUUGGCACCAGUCAUGGCUUUGGCCUUUAUGAUUAUCAGCAAAAGCGUCAAGUGAUGGUCAAGUAAGUGUCUCUAGAAGGUAUUUUCAAAAGCUAAAACAAAAGUUUGAUAGGGUGUUUAUGUAUAUAAAAAUAUUCAUAUAGGCUUAUAUACUUUGCUCCUUGAUGAUGGCAAUGUUUUAUCCUUUUACACUGUAGUGAUAGCUGAACAUUGGAGUCAAACGCACUGGAGGGCUUGAUGUUUAAGGAGUUUCCAUAGUGUGUGUUCUUUGUAUCACAAAUACACCUACCGUUAACACUUUGUUUUCAAAUUUUCUAAAAAAAAAAUCAAAAAUAAAAUGUGGAGGGCGGGAGAAUGGUAUGGAAGGCAACUUGGGAGACCCUAAAGUAAAAAUAUAGGCAGCCUAUUUUGUUUUCUAAUGUUUUGAAUGCCAUAGAUCAUGGUGGCACAAUGUUGUCUUGUCCUGAUUCUUGGAGAUUUUAUUAAAGUGAAACACUCAGGGCUCUUCUCUUUUUUUUUUUUUUUAUUUAAUUUUAUUUAUUAAUUUGGGGGGGGGGAUGGAGCACACUUGUUUUACUAAAUGUAAGUUGUUUCUAUAUAGGUAAUCACUUUUCUCUACACAUUGAAAGUCUGUGACAUAGCUGCGAUGAAAAAAAAAAAAAAUAUAUAUAUAUAUAUAUAUAUACAUUUUAAUUCCUUUGUCUUUGACUCUAUGCCAUUGGCACAGCUGUCUUAGCUUAAAUGUAAAGGUUAACAGUGGAUUUCCAUGCAACUGCAAAGAAUUAGUGAUUGAUUUGCCAACCCACAUUCUAAUAUGCACUGUUGCUGUGUCUGUCUUGCAGGUGUACGUUACAUGCUAGUGAUCAGCUGGCUUUGGAAGGACCUCUGUCUCGAGUAAAGUCUCUAAAGAAGUCUCUGCGUCAGUCAUUCCGCCGCAUCCGGAGGAGUCAGGUUAACAAGCGCAGAGCAGGAACUGACAGCAGAGUAAGCACUUCCCUGUGUAUUCUGAAUGGUUUUUAGUAAUGUGAAAUUUUAAAGCUUUGGGAGUGACUGUGUGGGAGAGAUGGAUGUGAGUUAUGUAUAUGUACUACAGUGUUCUCUGUAUGCCUCUUUGACAUUGACAUUCAAGUGAUAUAAUCUCUUUUUAUCUAUAUCCUCUAUUUGCUUUUUUAAUAUAAUUAUUUUUUAUUUUUUUGCCAAACAGUGGCCUAAACUUUUGUUUAUGAAUGUCUUCAUGUAGACCUUCACUGUUCACCACCAUGUGUGUCUUGUGAAGUCUUUAAGUUCCGAAUUUGCUACAGACAUGAUGUCUCUUGUUCAUGUCAGGUGCAGGAGGCCAAUGCCCGAUUUGAACAGGAGGCUCUGCGGGAGAUGGAGCUAGCCCCUGUACAGCGAAGGAUCGAGGCUCGGUCAGCAGAGGAUUCCUUCACUGGAUUUGUGCGCACUUUGUACUUUGGGGACACCUUCCUUAGGGAUAGUAAGUUACACUGGCGAGGAAUGACAGAACUCCCGCUUCUAGCCAGAAAUCUGUACAGCAGAACAAAAGCAGUGGAGAACUUAUUUGUUCUGUGUUUUAGAGGUAUCCUUAAAACCUGAUCCACCUCCGUCUCUACCAUUGUCCCCUCUCUACUGUUUUUAAAGUAGAUGAACCUGAAUAGUGAGCAGUCACAACCUUUAGUUAAAAUCAUCACUUUUGAUCCAUGCUAGACAUGGAAUGUCAUGCUAUGUCUAGAUCUGUGUGUAGUAUUUACUUUUUUUAUUUUUUUUUAAAUCAGGCUCUAGACAUUGUCCUUCUUUAUGGGCUGGCACUAAUGGUGGUACAGUGUAUGCACUUUCUCUACGGGUACCCCCUACAGAGCGACGGCUGGAAGAAGCUGUAACUGCAGCACAGGGUAAGACAAUCAACUUUAUAGUAGAUUGAUACAAUUGUAUAAAUUGUGAGGGUUGCCCACACAACACUUUUGUGUGUGUUUGUCAUGUAUCCCUCUAUCUAAUCUAUCUAGGCUUAAGAUUUCCAUUAGUCCCGGAAUUUACAAAGUCAUCCCCGAUGAAUAUGCCAUGGACUCUCCAGCCUUGCAGUGCAAGUGAUAUAUUCUGUUUUAUUUCUACCAGCUAAAGAGAUUCAGCUUCAACACCGUGCACCUGUGGUUGGCAUCCUAAUUCUGGAUGGCCACGGCGUUCCUCUUCCAGAGCCUCUUGAAGCUGCACAUGAUCUAUCAAAGAGCCCAGACAUGCAGGGAAGCCACCAGUUGCUGGUCUUGUCUGAAGAACAGUUUAAGGUAGAUCGGGAAUGGUUUUUUGUUUUUAACAGUCUGUUCACAGCUUAGUGAACAAUGAAAUCACGCACGUCUUUCUUAUUGUCCACAGAUUUUUACUCUCCCCAAAGUCAGCAGCAAAUUGAAGCUGAAACUGACGGCCACAGAAGGGUGCCGGGUGCGUAAGGCUGCUGUCUGCACGUUUAGCAGCUCUCGUGCAGAGGAUCACUCUGAGAAUCACCUGAGUCUACUUACCAAUCUAGGAGAUAUACAGGUGGUGUCUCUGCCUCAUCUGAAGCCUCAGGUGCGAUAUGACUGCAUCCGCAAGGAGGAUGUAAGUGGUAUAGCAUCUUGUGUCUUCACAAAGCAUGGACAAGGUGAGAAUCCAUGGGACCCUGAAUAAACUGCAAUUGCCCAUAUUUGAUUUGUUUUGUGUCCUUUAACUUAAGAAUUGUUACUGCAGAGUGACUUGUCUCUACUAAUCACACCCUACCAUACCUGGGCUAUUAUACAGUGUAAUUUUAUGCCUAUCCCUUCAUUCUCUACAUCUGUUGGUCUCUAGUAGCCGGAUGCCGUGUCACCACAGCACUAGGUGUUUCAACCUCUGGGAGUGUGAGCAUGAAAUGCAUUGUUCUUCUGGCAAAGCAAGUUUUGUAAAAUACACCCCUAUAUCCUCCUCAAGCUCUGCUUAUAUGUGGGGUGUCUUCUACAAUAUAAGAUAAACAAAUGUGCAAGUGAGCAGUUUCAUGCCCAAACACUUGGAAUCGUAACCAUCACACAUUCAUCCAUUCAGUGAGAGGACUAGGUAGUCCAGAAAAUCCUUGCUUGGUUUACUUUAACUAUUUUGCCCAUCAUUCAUUUUGGGGUGUUGUUUGUACAAUUCCUAAGUUGUAUGGCUCUAAUUCAGUCUAGUUCUAGCAUUAAAUCUGAUCAGUUUGGAGAGGAUUAAGUUCUUAAGUAAUUCUGGUUAAUUUCACAAUUUGAAUAAUGGUCUAUUUUCAUGGCUGAACUAUAGCUGGGAAUCCGUGGCCUCCCAUUCAUUUUCUUGGGAGGAUUAGUGAGCAGGAGUGCGUGUGAUUCCGUACAUGCAUAUCGCUGUAGAAGCUCUGUCAUGUGAAGAGAAGCCAUUGCAAGUUCUUUAUUGGCUUGAAAUUAAUGAAUAAAGUUUGCUCAAGCGAGAAGAGGCAUUGCUUCAGGAGAGGGGAAGGGUGGAUUUUUGGUGCAUUAUGUUUUGCUAUUUUAUUAAAUCUAUACAGUAAGGUGUGUUUGUGUGGGUUUUUUUUUUUAAUUUUUUUGUUUUUUUGUUGUUUAUCCUGCUACCUCUGGCUUUGAGUGAGUGUGCUUAUAGUAUUGACCUAUAAUCUAUAUUGGGGGGGGAAUAUGAAAUUGGACUCUUGCGUUUUGGUGUCAUAAUCAUUUCUUGACCAGGCUUUUAUACUGACACUUUUCAGGUUUCUAUCUUAUCUCCCCCUCUGAAAUGGAGCGAUUUUCACUGUCUACAUGCUGGUUGGUUGCACCACGUUGUCGUGUGGACCCUCCAGAACGUCCACUGAGUCGUUUGUCACAGAGAGAAAACAGUACUGAACGGAAAAGUGAAAGGUACAGUUCAGGAGCUAAAAAAAAAAUUGAGUGUGUAUAUAUUAUAGCGCCAAAAUGUUGGCACUUUUGUUGACAUAAUUACCUGUUUCUUUGUAUGCAGGAUGAAUAGCCGCAGUGAUGGAGAUGCAGAUGGUAAGAAACAUAGCAUGAACUUUUUGAAGGCAAAAAAAAAUAAUUAAAUUCUCACUCACCUAAAGGGAUACUCUAAGUACCAAAAUAAUAGCCACACCUCCCUUGUCUCUGGGUAACACCCUCCCUCCACCCGACUAAACUAAAGCUUGCCUCCUCUCCAGCGCCAAGUACAUGUCUUCCACUGGCAUCACGCCUCCUCACUGCAGGGGUAGUGCUGUCAGGGAGGCCAGAGGUGGGGAUCCUGUCACUAUUGGAUGCCUGUUACUGCUAUACUGUUUUUGCUGAUGGCAUGCUUCCAAUAUGCACAAAACUGACAUUGGCAAGGUCUUCAUUGAGGUCUUUCAAUGGGAACACAUAAGAGCUUGCUGUGUUGUACAAAAGAAUGGUCAUUUGAAUGUGCAAAGAAAGCCACAUUCAACAAAUGUACUACUGGUAAGGUUGGCUAUUAUCCCCACAUUCAUACAGUUUGUUGCAAGCAGUAUUGAUAAUGUCAAGAAAACAUGUGUGACAAACUCACCUUUCCACGUGAGUUUGCCACAAGCUCCUGGAGGAGCCUGCUUGCCAGCCUCCUGCCCACAGACUAUAAGGGCCCUGUAAUAUACACUGUAAAAGUCCAAUUUGUGUAUUUGGACUAUAUGGUUCUGGAACCGAACAGCUUCACGAACCAGAGACCACUCUAGAAAUUCUAGGAAAUUCCUGAACCGAUAUGGGUGAUUUUUGGAUAAGUUGGUCACCCAGAUCGGGGGAUAUAACUUUUUUUGUGGGGUUUUUGUGUAUAUUUAAGGUACUUUUGAUGUGUUUGUGAAAUUUGUGCUUUUUGUGCCUGGAGAUAAUUGUGUUAAGUACAGUUCCUGACUCCAUUAUCUCCCUGGCAUAGGGUAGGGGUUAUCCUGUUUUAUGUGGGAGUGUCAUGGACGUGCUUGUCGGUGUUCCGAAAUGUAUAAAAGCAGGCCAUCUGGCCAGAUUAAAGGUAUUCCAGCUUGUACUCGUAGAACUAUGUGUCGUCUGGUUACUGGGAGGGUAAAGAGCUACUCUUCUUCUUUUUUUUUUUUUUUUUUAUCACUGUUCCAGUGUGGAGUAUUCAACGGGGAAAGUCUUUGUAAGGACUAGAGCUCCCAGGACUGGGGAUUGCUAGAGAGAGUUCCCCAUUCGGCUCCAGGAGAGAGCAGUUCCAGGACUCCAGUCAAGCCACGGCGACUGUGGGCAUAAUUAUUGUGGUUUGUCCCCUGUUCCAGCUAGGAAUCAGUCCUGGGCGGAGCUCCAUUACAAUAUGUUUCACUUACACCAUGCUAUUUUUAUUUAUUUAUUUUUAUUUUUGCGGGUACUUGUGAACAUCGUGUUACAUUGUGUGCAUUAAAGGCAGUCAGCAGAGGUUACAAUUUGUCGUAGAAAACCGCAUCACAUGCAAGGUAUACACCCAAAAUUUUAUAGAGAAAGUAUUUUUCUAGCGUGGAUUCCUCCUGUCUAAACAGUUGGUUAGCUCCAUUAUGGAUCAGAGGUUGCCGGGAAUUAGCAUGUGCACCCUUCAUGUUAUCCAGUAUGGCUAUGUCUGGGGUUGGCGGCAUGUGGGUAUUGAGCAGUGGACUGUUGUCACCUGCAGGGCAAGAACCUAGUCUUUUCUAGGUGGUUUGCUCAUAGGAAGUCGCGCCAGCUAGGUUGGCUGUUAUGUGCCCUCAUAAGUAAGUGGCUGGUUAAUGGCUUGCAGAGCCAGGUACAUGGAGCAUAUGUAUAUUCGAACCGAGGGAAAUGAAGGGACCUAGGUUAACCUUACCAAAUAAUACAACAUAAAACAAAUGCAACAGAAAACAGAGCCUUGCGUGGCAGCAUUAACAGCAGGCGUUGCUGGGUUCAGGUAGGGAGAGCGUCUGCUCCCUUUCUUGUUCCUCUAGGCACGAAUGGGCUGAUGUUUGCUACAGUCCAUGAGGGGCAGGUGUCUGCCGGGGUCGAAGGAAAGCCGGCGCUUCAGACGUGUGCGUUAAGACGUGUUGCUUGCCGUCUCACUCCGCCAUCAGUCGGUGCUGCCCCCAUUUGUAUGUUAUGGAUUUCUCCCGUAAUAAUUGUGUUAUCUGUCCCAGUGACCUCCUCCAUGUCAGUGUAUCUGGAUAUGUCCCUGAAAAAGGUAAGGUGUGCUCCCUCAAAGGGGACCGUUUGAGAGUCUUUUGGUGGCACCCAUGAGUGCCCCCGGUCAGAGUCCCGGUUAAAUUUAAGAAGUACGUCCCUGGGAGCCUCCUGUGGUGCUUUGGGAGCUGAAAACUUGAAUCCAUGCCUAUCUGCUUUAUUUGCUUGGGCAGGAGUAGUGUAGCCAACAGCCUUCGGCAGUAGUGUGGUAGUUCUGUGUCGGUGACUGUUUCCGGCACCCCUCGGAUCCUCACAUUUCGUGCCUUCGCCCUGUCCUCCAUAUGUGCUAGUUGCGUAGUUAGGGCACUGUAUUGCUUUUGCAGUGCUCCCAAGGCUGCAUCAGUGGCAGUUUGGGCGACCCCUGCACCCUUAAGACCGGCUUGUGAGCGUUGAGAACACCUCCCUGACAUGCGCCAUGUCGGCAGGAGUUAUAUGUAUUUCUUUGGCUAACUCCUUGAUAUCGGUUUUCAUGGCGGGAGCGGCGUCUCCUGGCUCCGAAGGUGCCCCGGGCUUGGCAAUUACAUUUGGUGGCGGGAACUAUGCUGUCGGGCUCUUGUUGUCUGACGAUGGUGAGGUGGAGGCCUCUGCCGGAAACAGUCUUGCCAAGAUCAGGCCUCAUGGCCAUGCGCAUAAAAACUCCUAUGUCUCUGGAUCCCGAGCCAGGAUCGGCUUUAUAUAUUUUUUUAGCCUUCUUGCCCAUGCUGUAAGGCACUCGUGGGACGUUGGAUAACUGGUUCAUUUUUGCCAUUAUCACCGAAAUGUGGCGUUAGGGUUAACUGCUUAGUGGAGCUACUGCCCACAAUGGUAGUUUUGACAAGUGUCGUCCAAUCAGUGGGGCAAUAGAGUUGGGUGCUUAUCCGGGGUCGGGUUGUUUAACUCCAUCGUGGACGUAUCUGGUACGUCCGGGAAAAAACGGUCCUUAAGGACGGGGUGCGUACCUGAUACGUCCGUGAGGAAUUAGAGCGCUGGAAGCAAUCUUGAUUGCUUCCAGCAGUUCUAAUGGUAUUGCAGUGAUCAAUGUUGAGGCAUCGCGCAAUACCCCCCAUUAACUGCUGGGACCCAGAGUAAUCGCUCCCCAGGAGCGAUCUCUUCCGAGUUGCACCACGUGGUGCCUGGCAGUGUAGUGUAGGGCUUCUGAAGCCAUCAGGCAGGCUUCUGAUGCUCUGCCUCUACUGAGUGCAUCGAGGGGUAAAAUAAAAAUUAACCCUUUAAGGACCAAAUUUCUGGAAUAAAAGGGAAUCAUGACAUGUCACACGUCAUGUGUCCUUAAGGGGUAAAUAAAUAAAAAUGAAUCCCUCUCCCGUACUUGCCGAUCUCUUUUGUCAUACUAAGUGUGUGUUUUUUAUUAAUAUAAUUACAUUGGCCAACUUCAAAAAUGUCCCAAAUAAGACAUGAAGACCAGCUUUGAAAAUUCCAAGUUGGAAAACUAGAAUGUGCACCCUCCAAAUAAGGUCUUUUAUCCCCCAGAGAACCUGACACACCUAUACAUGGGUGGUAUCUCUGUACUCAGGAGAUGAUGCUGAACACAUAUUGGGGUGUUCUUUAGUAGUAACACUUAAAAUUCUCAGUACAUGUCUUCUUAAAUUGAUAUGUGUGUCAAAAAAAAAUAAAAAAAAUAAAAAAAAAUAUAUAUAUAUAAUUUUUUUUUUUUUGGCAUAGAUUGGUGGUAAAAUGGCUGGUUAUUCAGGGAUUCCAGACAGAUAUCAGUGUUACAAUGUAAUUUGAGUUCAUUUGGGGGGGGGGAGGGGGAAAUGGUUUGAAUAUAGCAAAGUGUUUGUACUUAUGGCCCUAUUGCUUUCCAAAAUAAGCGAAGAACAUGUUAACCUUGGGUAUUUCUAAAUUUAGAAACUAUUUAGCAUGGGUGUUUUUUGGGCGGUUGUAGAUGCGUAACAUCUGGGUGUGUGGUUGUUUGUGUUUUUUUUUUCUUUUAGAAAGACCAUAUAAUGGUGAGAAAUUGUAUAUAAAUAUAUGGGUACAGUAAAUGAGGAAGAGGCAAAUUACAGCUAAACACAAACACAGCAGAAGUGUAAAAACAGCCCUAGUCCUUAACGGUAAGAAAAUGGAACAGUCUGGUCACUAAGGGGUUAAGUACAUAAUAUAGUGGAGUACUUCAGGUUGCAUGGGGAGCGCUGGUAAGAGAUUUAAAAAAAAAAAAAAAAAAAAUUCUUAUUUUUUAUGUAAUAAAAAAUUGGUAAAAGAGAAGCACUGUUGGCAGGACAUUAGUUGUGAGAUGGACAUUUGUGUUUACAGGAAGGAUGUGACCAAUUCUAUUUGUAAUGCAUAAUGUGCAUAACAAUGGAUACAAAUAUCAGAAUCAAAUACCUUGAAAAUAAUAUAAAUACUUUUUGAUGUUUCUGCAUUAGCCACAACUAAUCAUGCUGUGCAGCAUCUAAAGUGCGUUGUUGCCAAAAGAGGAAGUGACUGACUGCUGCUUGUUUAACGUUUGAUAGUACGGUUUUUGCUUUUAAUGUCCCACGCAGUGCUUAUGGCCACUACUAAAGUUUCUGGGAGUUGUAGUUAAAUCUAUAAUUUACAAGGUGGUGUGGGAAAAAAGGAAACACUGCAGGUUGGCACGGGCACAAAGAAUAGGCCUAAGAAGGAAACCGAAAUCUUAAAGUUGGGAACAAAACCAACUAUCUCUCGUGUUUACGAUGUCUCCGUCAGAAUUUCGGAACACUGAAGCUAUUCAGCGGAGCAUGUUCCGUGUUUUAAGUACAAUCCAUUUAUCUAGCGAUCAAGACUUAAACACUGCUGCUUAUUUUAACUUCCCAAAAGAUUAUCUGCUGAGACCUACACGGUUUUGCAAAUGUCAGUGGAUUCUGACACUGUACAUAUUUCUAUGUAACCAAUGGUGUGAAACCCCUUUAAACCCUUCCCUGUUCCUCCUGCUUUUUAUUGAAGUCCUUUUGGGAAUGACCCUUCCAGGAGUUAUAUGCAAAAAGAGAAUAUGGAACAUUUCAUUAAUGAAGUCAUGUGAAAAGCUAGAAUGUUGUUUUUAAUCCAUCUUUGGUAUAACCAUGGGCUUGCGGUGACAUUUUCCUUCUCUGCCAGCACACAGGAACCGAGGGCUGCUGAUGGAACACGCGUUACUAAACGAUGAACGUAAGUAUUCUGCUGGUGGAUUUUCAAGGUGCGGAAUAAAUGGUAGUUUUAAUCGGUUGAAUAUUGGGUUAACUACUGUUGGGUCAGCUUCCCAUCUGCUCCCUUCUCCUGAAAAUACCAUGAUGUUUGUAUGUACGCUGCUGCAAAUGUUUUUGUUAAUUCAGUGUGAUCACUCUUGAUCACCCUUUCCAUAGAUGGUCUGAUAGCAAAUAUUGUGCUUGCGUAUUUGUACGUGAUCCCACUACAUCCUGUUUAAAAACCUCUAAUAUAAGGUUUGAGAAGUGCCAUUUUUUUUUUUCUCGCGUUUUAUUAUAGGGCCUUAUUUUUAGUCCUCUUUAAGGAAAGCUAGUAAUUCCCCCAAACAUUGUCUUCUCUCCUCCUCCUCUUGGAAUGGCUUGCUUAAUGACGGCUGGUUUUACUCUCUCCGAAUGCCUGUCUUUAUUAUUUCUUCCUUACCGUAACUAUUCAAAGUCUGAAUCCAAAAGUGUGCCAAGUCACAAGGAUGACCAUCCCUUUCUUUUUAUUUUCCCAAAAACGAUCUGAUCCACAUCUAUUCUGGCUUCUGAUGGAGAUCUAUAUCACAGAAUUAAACUGUCUAUAUUCGAAACAUCCCGUAUUUAUAGGUUCAUUGUUUUUGGUUGCUUUAUUAUACUUUAAGUUGGUGAAUUGGCAUCAUGCACUUGUAUAAUUUAUCUUUCUCCUUUUUUCAGAUACCUUGAAGGAGAUUCAGAGCACUCUGGAAGGAUCAAGAAUGUAAGUCUGUCAUAGAUUUAUUAUGAACACCCGUUGUGAUCUCAUUCUGGAACGCCUCAUUCUGGUCCUCCUGCUCUCUUUCCAGUCUCUUCACGGAUUUGUCCUGUUUGGGGUUGCCAUCAAUCAAUUCUUCAGCAUGGAGUCUGUACUGAAGAAUUAAUUGAUUAUUAUUGUAUUAUAUUGGGUUUUUCUCCGAAUAUAUACACCUACUAGCACAAAUUUAUAUAGCUGAAAUUUGCUGAACUUUAGAAAGCGCAAUAUUGGUUUUGGGCAUAACAGGUACUCUUUAAAAUAAAUUCCUUAGACCAUGGUCUAUCCUUCCAUUGUUGGAAACAGGCAUUAUUAAACGCUGCUGAAUAGGUAAAAAAUAGUAAAAUUUGUUCUCCGCUUUAUUUUCACAAUAAAUGAAACCUUCCCAAAAAAAGAAACAGAUGUGCUCUUACUUUGUCCUGCUGGGCAGGGGAAGCAGCAACUGCUGAGAAUCUGGACGUUAAUCAGAUUCAUCGGUCUCUGCAGAUCUAGUAAGUAGCUGCAGGUGUGCAUUGGGAGAAAAAUAAUAAACUUUAUUCAGUAACUAAUGUUGUUGGCAUUAGUUAAGACAGCUGCCGAUUCUGGGUUCCCCAAGCCAGGUUUGUGCUUCCAGACUAUCUAUUUGGCACUAUCCAAGCCACUGUUGGAUGUGACAACUAUCAUAUUGAGGAGACUUUCUAUUGGGCUUGGGCAUUUUUGAGGCCAGGAGGACUAAUGCCCUGCAUGAUCAGGAUAGUGUCAUGUGGAGGAGGCGAUGUCUUUCACAACUGAGUAUUCCCAGUUAGUUUCAUGCAUCUAAGGCAGCGCAUUUCACAACAGAUGAUUCCCAGGCUCAGUAUGACUCCAACAGUGCUGAUCUUAUCCCAGUGCGUGUGGAAGCCAUAGGUUCCUCUAUAUAAUCCCUCUCCGCUGCUAAGAUGUAUUGUGAGCUACAGUGUGUCUUCAUACUGGCACAGACAAAACAGCCAAACUGAGAACCUGACCGAGUUUGAAGAUUUUCCAGUUUGGCUAUUUUUAUAAAGAUAUAUGUUUUGGAAUAAAGUGCCAUUGAAAUGUCAGUUGCCAACAUUUUAUAUAACUAAAUGAUAAGUUAAUUGCUAAGAAUCAAAGAAAAUCCACAAUAAAUUAUUUUAUUUUUUUGGACUCAAAAUAAGAAAUUCUUAAAUAUGACAAAACCAAAGUGCUUGAUUUUUAACUUGACUGCUGAUGUUUGUAUACUUUGUCACUUGUCCAUAAUGCUUUGCAAGGCUCGUGAAUCCCUCUUUAGAACUAUCAGCAGAUCUGUCUUUUAGCAUUUAAAGCUGACUACUGUCAAUCCUUGGAUAAAUUUCAAACUGCCCUUUCUGGUGUGACAUAGCCAGUCUGCUUGUAAUAUGAAACAAGCGAUCAUGAGCAUUCAGCGGGAUAUGUCUCUUGUUUUUUCAGGAGCUACGACGAAAGAAAUUCCAGACAGAUCCGAGUUGGAAGCAGACUAAGCAAUGGAGCAGGUAUGGACUUUUUUUUUUUUUUUUUUUGUCCCCUAUGCACUCUUUAAAGUGUUGAGUACAUGCAAAACUUUUGGGAAAAAUUUAAACCAAAACCUAAGUCUUUCUACCUUAUUGUUUCUCUUGCGCAUGCAGAAUAAUGGGUAGUUUAAUCUGUUGGUCUAGCGUUGUACGCGGCCCAACAGAAACACCAUUCUGGACAUGGCAACUAAUGUCUUCACUGCCAGUGAUUGGUUCCCUUUGCCUUUUUAUAAAAUGCUGUAGCUGACUGGCUACAUUAUGUAUCUUUUAUUUAGCUAAAUAGUCAUUUGAAUUAUGAAUGUAUGUCUUCUUAAUUCUUUUGAAGAGCUACAACAAUAGUUGGAAGAAAAAAAAGUUUAAUUGGGAGUGGCAAACAAUCCCCAAUUUAUUUAUAAAAUAUGUUCUCAUUUUACCAGGGUACAUAUAAGGAUACAUUCAGAUUUCUCAUGCUCAAGUUAUGGGCCAAAAAACACUGCAUUGUUACAAUAGGAUACUAUAUUUAAAAAAAAAAAUAUAUAUAUAUAUAUAUAUAUAUAUAUAUAUAAUUUUUUUUUUUGUGUAUAUAUAUAUAUAUAUAUAUAUAUAUAUUUUUUUUUUUUUUUCUUUUUUUCACACAAAAUGGGUAAGAAAUCUAGUCAACCAUGAUUACAGGUGCAUUCUGUAUUGAGAGAUGUUGACAGAUCUCUUAAAAGAUUUUAGACUGGGAGAAGAUUUAAAUUUGUCCGGGAGGUUAUUCCAUAAUUGCGGUGCUCUGUAGGAAAAUGAGGAUCAAGCUGCUUUAUUUUUGUAUUACGGUAUGCUAAAUAAAGUGCUUGUAUUGGAUCAGAGGUUUUAGGAGGUGGGAACAGCUGGGGAGAGCAUUCUACACUGAUAGGGUGGGAACUUCCCAGAAAAGCUCUUAAACUGGCUGGAAUCAGGCACAGCUUAUAAUAUUCUAAUUCCAUUUCCUCCUUUAUCCCUUGUGAAGCAGAAUGA